AUGCUCAUGACACAGUUCGACAUUGAUGAUCUCGCCGUGGCCAUGUUGGGCACCCAGAAGGCCUUCCCUAACAACGCCUUCUCCAUGCCUACUACUAACCUGGACCCCUACACCCCUCCCAUGCUCGUCCGCCAGCAAUACCCACCCAACCUCAACCUCGGCGCCAGCCACGCGCUUGUCUGUGGCACUGAAACCGUCGCCGGCCUUGAAAGCCUUGUUACACCUUUUACUGGUCCAUUUGUACCCACUCAUGUCUACUCCUAUUCGCCUCGCCUUGUCACGAGCACUAGCAUGUCACCUACGACGUCGACGUCGAGCAUGGGCUCGUGCAUCGACCCUUCCUUUCUCACUGUGGCCAGCCUGCCCCCCUCACCGAUCCACGACCCGCGCUCGCCCAUCAAGACUGAGCACGGCGACCGCCUGAUGCUUCCCCAGGCGGAACGUGUGCCAAGCUCUUCCAGCUCGGUCCCCUCGAGUCUUCCAGACUGCAAGUACUGGACGUGCCCCCCAAAGGGCGGCGACACGGACCGUGAGCAAGGACCUUUGGCAACGGACCACGACGAGGACGGCCCCAAGCCAUACUGGCUGGCGACCCCCUUUGGCACGCCGCACAUCACCCCACCCACCACCCCUCCUCCCCUUGUCAAGGAUUCAUCGCCGUACACGGAUCCACCACCCACUCCUCCCACGGCCCAGGUCGUCACGCCUACCAAGAAGCGUGCGGCCACGUCGCUCCCCAAGUUGUCCCCCAACAACAAGUGCACCACCACUACCCCUCCUACCAGUCCUACUCCCAGCAUCACGACCAACAUGGCCCACUACUCUGCGGGUGUCUACUACGAGAGCGAGGACGAGCUCCAGGACGAGGACGUCUCCGACUACACCCCGCCGCCUCCCAAGCCCACCAAGGCCACCCCUACCAAGCGUGUCCGCAAGGCCCCUACCCCUUCACCCCCGCCGCCUCCUGCGCGCAGCAGCAAGUCCAAGUCGUCGGCGCACACCAAGGCGUCGUCGUCGUCGGCGACGCGCCCCAAGCCCAAGUCGGCCUCGUGGAUUGCCCGCGCCGGCGAGCGCCGCAUGGCCCAGAACCGCUCCGCCCAGUUCAAGUACCGCAACAAGAACAAGAGGCUCGAGGAGCUCGUAAGUGCUGAACACAUGUGCCUUUCGCUCAACUCGCAGCGCUUCGAGUUCUCGGCCGACGUCGGCUCGGCGGUCACCCAGCUCAACCGCGGCGAAAUCACGCCCUCCAAGGCCAUGCAGGCCAUCUCGUCCGCCUGCUCCAGGUACGAGCAGGACACUGCGAGUGAGUAG